AUGAGUGAUUAAUAAUAACUUAAAUAAGAAGUCCUGAGCAAUGAAGUUUAUAAAACUUGCUUCAAAAUACUUCCAGUUAAUGCUUCAUAGGAUGAAUUCAAGAAAUGCAUGGGAAAUUAUAUUCAAUCUUAUGAAAUCAUAUAAUAGGCUUUUGAAUAGUUUUUCAAGAAACCCAAGUUUCCCUAAUAAUAAUAAUGA